UCUGGAUCAACAGCGGGCAUCGAGUCAACUGGCCUAAUAGGAUCGCUGAGUAGAGGCUUCAGGCUGAAUAGAGGCUUCAGGCUGAAUAGAGGCUUCAGGCCGAGUAGAGGCUUCAGGCCGAGUAGAGGCUUCAGGCCGAGUAGAGGCAUUAGGCUGAGUAGAGGCUUCAGGCCGAGUAGAGGCAUCAGGCCGAAUAGAGGCUUCAGGCCGAGUAGAGGGCUUCAGGCUGAAGAGAGGCAUCAGGCUGCGUACAGGCAUCAGGCCGAGUAGAGGCAUCAGGCUGCGUACAGGCAUCAGGCUGAGUACAGGCAUCAGGCUGAGUACAGGCAUCAGGCUGAGUAGGGG